AUGGAAGAGUACGAUCAGACCGACGAAUUUCAGGACGCCCACGAAAACAUUCAAACGCAACAACUGGACGAAGGUCCUUUAGCUACACUAAGGGGAUUGAAUCUCUUGCAGAAAAAGACAAUUUUGAGAGACCUCUUAUGGGAGAUGGGGAUUCCUAUUGAAAGCCUCAAGUCAUUUACGACCGAUAGCUUUUUAAAAUCAACCAUACCAGGUUUAGCUACAACACCAAUCAAAAGUGAGCUUGAGAUGCCCCAACCUGCCGCCUACUCCGGAGAUAUGAUGGAACCAGAAAGAACGCUGUUGGCUCAAGAGUGGAGUACAUCAGUAUUACUUUUUUUUAAGGCCACCCCAGUGGAAGAAGAAGAAUUGAAGGUUACACUUGCUGUCAGUUGGUUGAGCGGUUCCGCUCGUAUUUGGGCAUUAAGAUUACCAAACCUCCAGCUGAUGACUUUAGAAAAUUUCUUGAAGGAGUUCGAAAGGAACUUUAUGGCAGCAGCAAACUACAAUGCCUCCAUAUAUGCCCUUAGAAGUUGUUUCCAAAGAAGAGGACAGUCAGUACACACCUAUGCAAGUGAAUUUCUUAGAAACUGUGCAUCCCUUCAUGAAAGCAUUUCAGAUAGAUGUCGUGCCUCGUUCUUUAUUUCCGGUUUACGAACCGAAACCAGAUUAUUCAUGUUUGAUCGCCCGGAAGAAAAUUUAUACCAGACGAUCAACUCGGCAAUUAAUUACGAUAACCAAAGGUACCGUUACAGCCAAGUUGAUAAAGAUGAGCGUAGUGGAUAUCAAAUUCAGAAGAGUAGAAAUAGACACAAUGCUAAACAAAAUUUCCUUACAGAAGCACUUCUGGUAGCUAUAAAUGAAAUGAGAACCGUAGUGGAAACCGAAAGACCAAAAAUUGACAAAACCUUGAUUGCCCCUUGUUUGAUUGAGAAUGAACUAUUAGAAGUACUUAUCGAUAGUGGAGCUCAAAGUGAUUUCAUAGAUGUGAAUAUCGUACAAAAGUUAGAAUUAGAAAUAGUACCUGUUACAGGAUUUGUCGCCAAUACCGCAAAAAGAGGAGAAGCAGAAUCACCCAUCCGAGGAUAUGUUAAGUUAGACUUUGAAUUAUGUGGAAUGAAGUUAUCACGUUUAUUAUUCGUGGUUGAAGGUUUGAGAAGUGACAUAUAUCUAGGUUAUAACUUUGUGGCAGAGAACCAAGACUAUAUUGAUUUUAAGAGAAGAACGAUUAAUGGGUGCAUGAUUGAUUUAUUACGUGAAGAACUUACAAUUGCAAAGAGAAAGGCAGAAGAACCAAUUAGAGAGAAAGAACCAAUUAAUGAGAAAGAACCAGUUAAUGAGAAAGAACCAAUUAAUGAGAAAGAACCAAUUAAUGAGAAAGAACCAAGCGAGGAAGAACCAAGUGAGGAAGAACCAAAUGAGGAUGAACCAAUUGAAGGUGAAGAACCAACUACUGAGGAAGAACCAAUCGAAGAAGAAAAAUCAAGUGAAGAUGAAGAACCAACUGAAGAUGAAGAACCAAUUACUGACGAAGAACCAACUGAAGAAGACGAAUCAAACAAAGAACUCACAGAGAGAACAGAAAAGAAGCAGUUCAUGAACAAGAAGAUGAAACGAGACAAAACCAAGAAAUUGCAAGCAAUGGAGAAAUUGUUAGUGAAUAGCGUGAGCAUAUCCAGAGCAGCGAAGAAACCAGAAGCAGAAACCGCGUUAAUAUUAGUUAGAUUAGAAGAAUUGAAUGUGGAGACAACCGACUCAAAACAGAUACCACAGUUCGUGCAGGAUGAAUUUGGCAGUGUUGUAGCUGACGAACUUCCUCCCGGGCUUCCACCGUCGAAAAACGUUCAACACACAAUUACCUUAAUUCCAGGAAAUGCUCCACCCCAUAAAGCUCCAUAUCGUUUGUCGUAUGCCGAAAGAGCUGAGUUAGAAAAAGUUAUUUUAGAAUUAUUAGAAAAAGGUUAUAUUGUUCCGUCUGCAUCACCCUUUGGUGCUCCAGUACUUUUUGUUAAAAAGAAAGAUGGUAGUAGACGUUUGUGUGUGGAUUACAGAGCAUUAAAUGACAUCACAAUCAAGGCACGUUUUCCAAUUCCACUUAUAGAAGAACUCUUUGACUGCUUAGCUGGUGCCAAGAUCUUUUCAACGUUAGAUUUACAUUCUGGAUAUUACCAGAUACGUAUUGCAGAUGAAGAUAUACACAAAACUGCUUUUGUUACCAACCGUGGACAAUUUGCUUGGCGUGUAAUGCCAUUUGGGUUAACUAACGCUCCAGCUACAUUCCAGCAAAUGAUGAAUAGAAUAUUUCAACCAUACUUUGAUAAAUUCGUUGCUAUUUACCUCGAUGAUAUCAUUAUCUAUUCGAAGAACAGAAAGGAACAUGAAGAACACAUCCGUUUGGUACUCAAUACACUUAAAGAAAAUGGGCUUGUAGCUAAGAAGAAGAAAUGUCAUUUUUUCCAGGAAAAGGUUAACUAUCUUGGACACUAUAUCUCCGAAGAAGGAAUCACCCCAGACCCAGCAAAAGUCUCAGCUAUUAAAGAAUGGCCACGAAUUAAGACUAUCAAGCAUGCUCAAUCAUUUUUAGGGUUAGUUGGUUAUUACAGACGUUUUAUCCAAAACUUUUCGAAAUAUGCUGCUCCAAUCCAUGAUUAUAUAGCUGGACGUGUCGGGUGGACAGAAGCCCAAGAAUCUAAUUUCCAAUAUUUGAAGAAUAAGCUUACAGAAGAACCUAUUUUAAUUUUACCUGAUCCGACGAAAACAUUUGCAUUAUUCACAGAUGCAUCGAAUCAUAGUACGGGGGCAGUUUUACAACAAGUUGACGAAAAAGGGAAAUGCCUCGGAGUUGUAGCUUAUGAGAGUUAUAAGAUGAAUGAACAUGAAUUAAAGUACACUGUCAGAGAAAAAGAGUGUCUUGGAGUGGUCAAAGCACUCAAGAAAUGGCGCCAUUACCUUUUGGGUCGUCGUUUCCUCCUUUAUACAGAUCACCAAUCGCUCCAAUCACUUAAAUAUACAAAAGACACGUAUGGAAGAAUCAGUAGGUGGAUCGAUUUAAUUGACGAGUUUGAUUACGAUAUCCAGUACAUUAAAGGUGAGAAGAACGUCGUGGCUGACGCUCUUAGCAGAGUAGAGGUUAAUGCCAUGACAAUUCAAGAACUAGAUGAAACUUACCCCGACGAAAUUAAGAAAGAAUAUAGAAAAGACGAACAUUUUGCUACUAUCUAUGCCACUAUGCUUGGCGAAAUUGAACCGACACACGAAAUCAAAGACCAACUUAAACAUUAUGUGCUAGUGAAUGACUUGUUAUAUUUUGGAUUAUUACCAGCUGAACGCACAAGAUUAUGUAUUCCGGCAGGGACUGUUCGUAACCAGUUAAUGUUCCAUGCCCAUGACGCCGAUGCUUGUGCUCAUCAAGGUGCUUUAAAGAUGCAUGAAUUUUUGAGUCGCUACUAUUACUGGCCCCGAAUGCUGAAGCAAUGCAAACGUUAUACCAAUAAAUGUACCGUGUGUCAACAAUCUAAAUCCUCGACAGUAAAGACAAGUGGAACCCUCCAAUCAUUGCCAGUUCCAGACCAGCGUUGGCUGCUGAUUUCUAUCGAUUUCCUUACAGGAUUCCAAACUACAUCCACAGGGUUCAACAUGAUCAUGGUCGUGGUCGAUAGACUUACCAAACGUUCCCACUUUAUACCAACGGUUAAAACUGUUACAGCUAUCGAUGUUGCUGAAUUGUUAAUGGCACAUGUUAUUAAAUAUCACGGUGUUCCCAAAUCUAUUGUUUCCGAUCGAGAUGUUCGUUUCAACAAUGCUAUUUGGACUGCUAUCAAUAAACGGUUUAAUGUAUCUUUACAGAUGUCCACUUCCCAUAAUCCACAAACCGAUGGUCAGACCGAGAGAACCAACAGAACUCUUACACAGUUGCUUCAGGCCUUAUGCAAGGAUCAUGCUGAUGACUGGGAUAAAUACCUUCCUGUAGCCGAAUUUGCUUAUAACAACUCCUACCACUCAUCCAUUGAUUGUAGCCCAUUCUAUGCGGACCUUGGUCGUCACCCUCGUUACACAGGCAUUAUCGCACCCUUAGAUAUUACAGAAACGAAUGAUAGUGUUGUCCUUGGAGAAGACUUUGCAGAUAAACAACAACAAGUCCUUAGAAAGAUCCAAGAAGAUAUGUUUCAUGCGCAACAACAGCAAGCAGCCAUUGUAAACCGUCACCGUUCCACCACCAACUUUGAAGAAGGGGAUCUCGUCUUGUUACACCGGGACGUUUAUAGAGGGGGGGACGCGGGCCGAAAGUUCCACUACCGUUAUGUCGGCCCAUUUAAAGUAGUAAACAAAGUUAAUGACAACAGUUAUAUGCUCCUGUUGCCCCAGAAUUCCAGAAUUCAUAGAACGAUCAAUGUGCGUUAUUUGAAGAAGUUUAACCCAAGAGUAAAAGAUUAUGUUGAAGUACCACCGAUAGAGAGUAAAGAUAUUAGAGACAAUAUUUCGAAGGUUAGUAGUAUUAUUAGGAUAUACACCGAUGGCACAGCUGAAGCUACAUGGGAAGAUUGCGAUAUCGAAGACACAAUUAGAAUUAAGUUAGGCUGGUUAGAUGGAGAUCCAAACAGAAAGAAGAAACUUCUUGCAGAUUACAAAGCUACUUACGGGACUCAACCUACAUUAGAAAAUGAUCCCGUCCCUGUAUUACAGAAUGACUCUCCACCGUCCUUUCCCCAGGAAAUUCAAGACGUUAUUCAAUACAACCAAAUAGUUCGUGGUCCAACUGCAGUACCAGGAUUUAGAGGAAGAUUUAAACCCAAUUCAAACGUGAAGAGAGGAGGUUCUAGAUAG